ACAGGCUCCCCUACGGACUUUCUGAAGGGCGUGGUGGGCAAGCGCGUCGUGGUACGGCUAACAUCGGGUGUGGACUAUCGAGCAGGUGUGCUCUCGUGUUUGGAUGGAUACAUGAACAUCGCGUUGGAGCAGACGGAGGAGAACGUCAACGGCCAGGUUACGAACCGCUACGGCGAUGCUUUUAUCCGGGGAAACAAUGUGCUGUAUAUUUCUGCGGCAGAACCGCUGUGA